AUGGAGUACUACAAACCGCGCCCCGAGACUGCGCCUCCACCGGCCGUCAAGAGGCCUGCGCCUCCGGAUACGACAACGCGAGAUUACAAGUAUACCCAGGAGAUAUCGCAAAUGAUGUUUGUCUUCGGAGAGAUCCAGGACCCCAACCCAGAGACGGUGAACCUUGUAGAGGAUAUCGUCCGGAGUCAGCUUAUCGAGCUUAUUCUGCAAGCGCGUGCUCUAGCAAACAAGCGCGGCGCCCGCUUCCUGGUCGCAGAGGAUCUUAUAUUUCUCAUCCGACACGACCGUGGCAAGGUCAACCGCCUCCGGACGUACCUCUCGUGGAAGGACGUGCGGAAACAUGCCAAGGACAGUGGCGGUGACGGAGGCGGAGGCGUUGAAGUCGAAGCCCUCGAGGAUGGUGCAGAUGACAAGCUUGCCUCGAAAGCACAGAAAAUUACGAUCAAGCUUCCGUGGGAGAUAUCGACAAUAUACUCUGAGGUUUUGCGGCAGAGUGGGCACCAGUCCGAUGAUGAAGAGGACGAGGAUGACAUUGAGGCUCAUGAGGCAUCAAUACAACGGCUGAAGGAAGCAGAUGAUGCUACACGUCAAAUGACGCGUGAAGAGUACCAACACUACUCCGACUGUCGACAAGCAUCCUUCACAUAUCGAAAAGCCAAACGCUUUCGCGAGUUCCUCAACCUCCCCCCACACCUCGACCUCAAAGCCAACGACGACACCGUCGACAUCGUCGGCUUUCUCGCCUUCGAAAUGGUCCGCUCCCUCACCCUCGCCGGCCUCGAAGUCAAAAAAUCCCUCGAAGAGUCCUACCUCCGGGACGACUUCGCUGCCUCGCCGUUGCUCGGCAAGCGCAAGGCCGGCUCGGCCGCGCUCGAGGCGGCGGCAGCGGCGAAGCGCAGGCGCGAGGAGGAGCUGGACGAGGACGACACGCCGCUGCCCGCGAGCACGCUGUUCAUGCCCCCGCCCGAGGCGCGCACCGCGCUGCAGCCGGAGCACAUACAGGACGCGUUCACGCGCAUGCAGGGCGACUGGGCGCAUCAUCGGUCUGCGGGAAUGAGGAACUGGCGAGGAGGGCUUGUGCGGACGCGGGUUACCUUGAUCUGA